CCCGAGUCCCGGCCAGUGCCUCUGCUUCCGGCUCGAGUUCUCUCCUGCACGCACGCUUCGCCAUGUCCGAGACCGCGCCCGCCGCGCCCGCCGCCCCGGCCCCCGCCGAGAAGACGCCGGUGAAGAAGAAGGCUCGCAAGGCCGCAGGGGGCGCGAAGCGCAAGGCGUCCGGCCCCCCGGUGUCCGAGCUCAUCACCAAGGCCGUGGCCGCCUCCAAGGAGCGCAGCGGCGUGUCCCUGGCCGCGCUCAAGAAGGCGCUGGCGGCCGCCGGCUACGACGUGGAGAAGAACAACAGCCGCAUCAAGCUCGGGCUCAAGAGCCUGGUGAGCAAGGGCACCCUGGUGCAGACCAAGGGCACGGGCGCCUCCGGCUCCUUCAAGCUCAACAAGAAGGCGGCUUCCGGCGAGGCCAAGCCCAAAGCCAAGAAGGCGGGCGCGGCCAAGGCCAAGAAGCCCGCGGGGGCGGCCAAGAAGCCCAAGAAGGCUGCGGGAGCCGCCACCCCCAAGAAGAGCACCAAGAAGACUCCAAAGAAGGCGAAGAAGCCGGCUGCAGCCGCAGGAGCCAAAAAAGCCAAGAGCCCGAAGAAGGCGAAGGCAGCUAAGCCCAAGAAGGCGCCCAAGAGCCCUGCCAAGGCGAAAGCGGUGAAGCCCAAGGCGGCUAAGCCCAAAACGUCCAAGCCUAAGGCGGCCAAGCCAAAGAAAACCGCAGCCAAGAAAAAGUAAAUUUUCUUUGGCCAACUGCUUAGAAGCCGAACAACCCAAAGGCUCUUUUCAGAGCCACCCACAAAUCUCAGUAAAGGAGCUGUUGCGCGUUCAGAGGGGGCGUGGCCUGGGUGAGCACCCUCCAGUGGGCUGGGCUUCCGUGAAGCGCGGGGCAGGGCUGGGUUAGUGUAUAGAAGUGUUUGCAGCACGCUUAUGGAAGGUUGCUCUUACCUUAGGUGUGUCUACAUACACCUAGGCAUUUACUAGACAUACGCAUCACAAACAGCCAUGAGGCAGUUUCACUAUGCUUGGAUGCCACGCGUUGGUAGGUAGGUAACUUCGGGACCAAGUUUCUCUGGAGCCUUGGCAGCUCCGCUGGCAGGCCUGGCCUUCUCCCUAGAGCAGGCUGGCCUUGAACUGAGAUCCGCCUGCCUCUGCUUCGCUGAGUGCUUGCAGGAUCAGAGGCGAGCAGCACCGCGCCCCGCCUUGCAGUUAACUUUUGGGGAGGAAACAGUUUAGCACGGUGGGGUCCUUAGCAUCCAGCGGCUCGGCGCAAAAUAAGCUGGAUGAGUCUCCUGGCAACGACCGCCUGAACCUCAUCGCAGCCCCCGCUGUGCUGAGUCACACGGGUACCGUGAGCGUACGCUUGAAAACAACUUCACCGUGUUUCUCGGCGACCGCGCUUGAAUAGGUUAGCUCUAGCAGACUUGUGCAGUUUAGUUCGUACUUUCUGAUUGGCGAACGGGAGGUGACAAGGCGGCCAAUGAGACAGUAGCCCUUCAAGUGUCGUUUACGCUCCUGUUCGUGACGAAACGCUAAAACUAAUCCAAUCCUGAAGGAAAUCUUAUUAACCUCAUUUGAAUACUGCGUAACGUGAAUGAAUUAUGGUGCGUGGCCGGUGACAGGGUGGUAAUUUUCCAAAAUGCUUGUUUGGUGUGCCAGUUGGAGGAAGUUAAAUUUUGCACAGCAUUGCCAGAGCCGGUGAAGUCCACGCCCGCCCCAUAGAAGCCCUCCUAAGGAGCUGUCACCAACUCGCAGGACGUCAGGCGGCGCAGGCGCAAGGAGAGCUACUCGGUGUACGUGUACAAGGUGCUGAAGCAGGUGCACCCCGACACGGGCAUCUCGUCCAAGGCCAUGGGCAGCAUGAACUCGUUCGUCAACGACAUCUUCGAGCGCAUCGCGGGCGAGGCGUCGCGCCGCAUUACAGAAAGCACCAUCCCAUCUCAACAGAUCCAGACGAUCUCCGUGGCGCAGGGAACUCGCCAAGCACCGAGCCUGUAAAGAAGCCAAGCUGGGCAGGCAUGUUCACGCACGAUUUCGAAGACUUAUCGGAACCGUGCGUUCUCUCAACAAGUGAGUUGUAGCCGUUUCGAGUGUCCUCACGCUUAAAAGUUAGGCGCUUCUUUUUACAGUCUGUUGGACACGUGGUCGGGAUGCUAGCCUGGAAUUCUCAAUCCUUCCCAACCGAAAUCUAUUGGCGUGCACCGCCCUGCCCGCCCUUCUCAUGCUAAUGUGAGCCCCGCGGUGCCCUGGAAAUGCGGGAAACAGCGUAGCUUCCAGGAACCACGCACCCACGUUCACCUACGGGUUCUAUAUAGUUAAUCUGCCGCCGCGUAGUUAUAAAUUAACUCCAGGUGCUGUCUAACCGUGCCGCUCUCGGUUCUGGUACUGAACUAUCCUGGUUCCUCUUCUAGAAAUGAAAUCGGCUUCAGACUCCCCGGGGUUGCUCUCCCUGAGCACGAAUGAGCAUGCGCAGACACUUAAUUUCGCUUAGAGCUUUUCCUUUCUCCCGGGUCCCCAACCCCAACCCCAACCUUCUUUCUAUAAGAUACGUGCCAAUGAAAAGGGAUCUAACACAAGAGUUCCCACAGAAAUAUGAAUUUUGUGAAUGCUUGCUUUUCCAGCGUGCCAGUUUUAACGUGACUUGGGUUUGCCGCUGACAGAGAACUGUGCCUCAGUGCCCUGGUAUAGAAGGAUUAGAAGAUCGUGGCUUUCUAAAGAUGAGGCCCGAGAUAAAUUGGCCGUGCUCCAAUGGAUGGCCCCACACCCAGGAAUCUGUGGACUAAAUAAAUAAAUAAACUGGAUUCUGACACACAUUUGGGAAGGGGCUGAGAGGUGGAAGUAUAUAAGGGAGGAGUUAGGGGCAGGAUGAAUAGGAUUAAAUGCACUGUAUAAAACCUCAAAGACUUAAUAAAAUAAUAUUAAAAACUUUCAAAAAAGAAGAUUGUGGCUGACAAUGUUCUAGGACUGGUGAAUUUCUCAAUACCAGAAACAAAUAAAUGAAAAAAAAAUUACAAGAUGAUCAUCAUGGUAUGUUGAAUCAGACUAUAGGCCCUUGACAAAUAUGGUGCUCAUUGUCUGGAGGCCCUCUUCUGGCCUCCUGGGACACCAGACAUGUAUACAAUGCACAUAUAUAAAUGCAGGCAAAAUAUCAGACACAUGAACUAAAAAUAAAUAAACCUCUUUGAAAGAAAGCCAUGGGGUAUAGCGGUGCAUGCAUUUAAUCCCAGCAAUCAGGAGGAAAAAGCAGGCAGAUCUCUGUGAGAGUGAGGCCAGCCUGAUCUGCAUACCAGUUUCCAUGCCCACAAAGACUGUGGAAUGAGACCAAGCCGCAAAGAAAGAAGGAAAGGAAAGGCUAACAGUCAUCAUUGUCUUUUAAGUUCCUUCCCACAAUAAUCCCUUGAGAGUAUGAGUUAUAGUAUUUCCUUGUAUAUGUAUGUAGUAUUUAUUUAGUUGUAAUUUUCUUCCAACUUGAUUUUCAGGUAGUAAUUAUUUAUGGGUCUUAUCCUUUCUCUUUUUCCCAUCCCAUGAACUUGUACCCUUCCCUCUUUUCACCUGUUUAAAAAAAUAUAAGUAGAGUUCCUAAUGUUGGUCAUGCUUGCAUUCAUAAAACAGGUAUUUUUUUAUGGCUAUGUUAAGAAAGAAGAAGAAAAGAAAGAAAAUCCAAACUGGAGUAGUUAAAUUGAUGAGGAGCUAACACUUAUUGUCUCCUGUGUGUCAAAAAUUAAAUGGAAGAUUAAAUCUCAAGUAUCUUUAGUGAGGUUGAAGUUAGAUGGAAGCACUAUUGUGGUCAUCCCAGAGUCUUGAAAGACUUCCAAAGAGCUUCCGUAUCUGCCACACAGACUCUCAGAGCAGCCUGGUCUACAUAAUAAGUCCUUGUCUCAGGAAACAAACAAACAAAAAAGCCCAGCAAGGUGAUGCUUACCUUUAAUAGCAACAUUGGAGAAGGAGAGGUGAGUGGGUCUCUGUGAGUUCUAGGCCAGCCAGGUCUACAGAGGAAAACUAUGUCUUUGAAAGAAAAAAGAAGAAAGGAGGGAAAUAAGGGAGAAGAAGGGCAGCUGUUAGUCCCUAAUGAGUGAGAUCACAGAAAGACGAAGAGUGGAGUAAGCAACAUUUUGGUCAAUGAGAUUGUAGUUCAGUUUCCAGCAUACUUGUCUCGUAUUUAUGAAGCCUUGAGUUUAACUCCUAGCCUUACAUAAAUGGAGCAUAGCAAUGAAUGCCAGCAUUCUGCUCUUUACGCAGAAUUCAAAGGUAACCUACUAUGUCUUUUAACAAACUUGAAUUUAUCUGAGAAACUGCAAAUUAUAAAGCAUAUCUAUGAAGAUUGAUUGUUGGAACUGUCUAACAGUUAGGUUUGGCCACUUUGAGCUUAAUGAAUAAAUUGGAGUUAAAGCAAGAAAGUAUAUACUUGUAAGACAAUUACAUCUCAGUACUGUGAAAUAUGAUAUAAUGAGAAAAUAAUAUGGAAUAACAAAUUAAUGGGCUUUAAAGCUAGGCACAACAUUGCUGGAUGUGGUAAUGCUUGUCUUUAAUCCCAUCACUUGGGAGGAAGUGGCAGGCAGACCAAUGUGAGUUCAAGGCCAGCCAGAGAAAUCAUAACAAGAAAAUAAAAUAAAUCUAAAAACAAAGCUAACACCAACUUAAUUAAUAUGUAAAGUAUAAGACUAGUGGUUGUCAAUGUUUCUACCACAGUUGACACCAAUAAAAUGACCAGAGCAGCUCAGGGUCACUGGAAAACAAAAUAUUCUUUAAAAGAUGAUUGUUUGAGUGAGGAUGCCAUCCAUAGUCUCCUGUUUGGUCCACAGUUGGUGGAACUGUUUGGGAAGUAUUAGGAGGUGUGGCCUUAUUGGAGGAAGGAUGUCACCGGAGAUAGACUUUGAGGUUCAAAACACUCCUGCCAUUCCCAGUUAGCUCACUCUCCCUGCCUCUUGCUAGUGGACCAAUAUGCAAGCUCUUGGCUAGUCCUGCUACCACGCUUUUAUUUCUCCAUCAUGGGCUCUCUAACCCUUGAGAUUUGAAUUGAAUUGACUAGUUAAAAUUUCUCCACAUCUGUGACACUUUCUGAUCCACUGUGACAUGUCCUCUUGUGUCCCAUUUUUAUCUUCCUCUCCUCACAUUCCUCACAGUUGGUACUAAUGGGUGUUGACUGAUUGUCCCCAUUUCCCAUCAGCAAGACUGCACAGGACAAGAUAAGAGGUAAAGAGGUGUCAUUUGUUUUUUUCUUCAUGCUCUCUUAUGAUUGGUUAAGGCUCUUCCAUACAUACAGACUCAAUUAUUUGUAGGAUGACUUUAAAAUCCAUUUAAAAUACACACAUGCCUAUGGCAAAUGGGCUAGAGGACAAAGAUAAGCUAUUGAAAUGAUUUUAAUUGUAUCUGUGGUCCAAACUCGUCUGCUAGAGUUAUUUUAGGGAUUAGAUAACUCAUAUAAAUCUCCGAGAUUAGAGGUGGUUACUAAGCUGCUAGUUAGAGAAUAUUAGCCAUCUUUAUAGCUUUCAUUUCAUUGAGCUAAAGUGAAGAUGGAGAAAUCCUUUUCAGAUCACACGUUAAAAAGUUUAGGCAAGAAGAAUUAACUCUGAAUUUUAGUAUCAGCACUUAGGACUCAGAGACAGGAAGACGGCUGCAAGUUCAAGGCCAACUGGUCUGCACAAUGAGUUCUAGGCCAGCCAGGCUACAGAGAAAGACCGUGUCCUAAAACAACAGCAGCAGCUGUGGAGGAGGCAUGUGUGAUAGGGCGCGUGUGUCUACCCAGCAUGUUCAACACAGAAACAGGAAGCUCAGGGGUUAGAAGGUAGCUUCCUCUGUGUAGGGAAUUCAAGGCCACCCUGGGCUACAUGAAACUCUAGAGAAAGAGAAAGAGCAAAAGAGAGAAAGAGAAAAAGAAAGGAAGGACAGAAGGAAGGAAGGAAGGAAGGAAGGGAAAAAGAAAACAUGUAAGCUAUUUGAAUCCAAUCCAACAUGUCAAGUUGAGGGAUUUGUCAUCAAAUCACAUCAUUCAGGGGUAUCUCAAAAUUUCGUAAUUAAGUGUGACUGCUGUGGGGCACUUGGACUGUGCAAUUGGGGAAGCCACUGUGGAGCUAGAGUAAGGUUGAUUCAUGUCCAAACCCAGAAAAAUCUAGGCCAGCAGGAGUAAGGAUAGCUCCCUGCCUGUUCUGUGCCCCAGCUUAGUCUAAGGACCCCUAAGUCUAAAGGUAGAUAGUAGCCCAGUAUGUAGAAUGCAAAUAAAGCAUCCCAGCAUCUUAGCCCCGACUAAUGAGAUACACCCACCCUAAAACUACCUUCCUGCUCCCCAAGGUUCAUAUAGACCUUGUUCACCCCAAAUAAACUGUUUUACUGAAUAUCAUCUCAGUGAGCUGUUUUGUUGGCUAUCUUCUAAGAGAGCUUUACAGCUAAAAUCCUUGGAGAAGGACUUAGCCCUCCCAGCCUGACCCAAGUCCUGCAGACUGUACCCAUUCCAGGCUCCACUUCAUCCUUCCCAGGCGAGUGUAGCAGUGCCUGGACCCCAGCUACACACACACACACACACACACACACACAUCAAAAUAACCCUCUUCUCUUAAAAGAAAUAACAAUGCUGAUGGCAAAGAUGCUACCCUUUUGCUUUCUUUAAUGAGAAGAGAGAUGAAUGCGGGGAAGAACUAAAUGUAUAAAGUAACUGAAAACACAAAUCUGACCUAAACAUUCUGAAGCCUGUCUGCUUCCUAAGGGAGUUUACCCCUGUUUUGUAGCGGUUUCCUCUAAGAAUAAAACACUCUAUACUGCAGGAAACUCCUUAAGCAAGAAUGUAACUACUUAAAAUAGCUUCAGGAAGUUUGCUAGGCCCCUUUCUGCCAGAGUAAACUACAAAAGCUGAGAGUUCCUCUCAGAGGGAGAGAGCCGAACUGGCGAAGACCAUGCUCAGAGCAGACCAGACCAGCUGCCCUUAGAAAAAGCAGAAACCAGAGCAGCUUAGAAGAAAUUUAAACCCACUGAGGCAUCCGGACAGGGCUCUCCGCAACCUGUGGCACUGCCUGCAGGCUGUGCAAUGUGCUCCAGGUUUCCAGACUGCUGAGUUGUCACCAUGCUGGGAGAGCUUUGGUGCAGCUGUCUCAGAGUCUUUUCUGCUCCUGUAAGAGAGCCCUCAGCCAUACUCCUGAAGGAACCCCAUAAAAUCUACUGGUUUACCAAGUAGGACUUUGGUGAUAAACUUACUUUAUUCUGUCGUAGGUUCUCGGUCUGGGCUGAGUAGACACAAGCUGUGUUUCCUCCAGGAAAAGUUUUGUCAUAACAAUCCCUAACCUUCUCUCCAGUGGCUGAAAACACACCUCAUAACCCAAGAACCCUUGUUUAUACAUGUAAAGUAAUGGAGGAAAUGAAAGCAAUAAACUGGUAUUUUUAAGACUUUACCAAUAAACUUGCUUAGAAAAUAUUAAGUUAUACAAAAGUAAGAUUCAGCUAAAACAGCCUUGCCUCUGCCUCAGUAGGCCCAUGGUAGCCAUGGUCUUUCACUAAGAGCCUGACAACCCAGUGUUUGCUGAGUCUGCUAAGAUGGGUGCCUCAGCAGUGCCAACCUGGCACUGAAAAUCUAGAAGGUCCCUGAAUUACUACCGGUCCCUAAUUUGGGAUGGAAAGCUGGAAGCAAGAACCAACAGCAACAUGGUAAAGCAACUUGGCAACAGAAGAAAGGCCAUAUGGGCAACAGAUGACUCAUCUUUCUUCUCCCAUACCCUUCUUCUCUGGGCUGCUAACAGGAGGUACUACCUAACGUCAGGGUGGCCCUUUCCAAAUCAAUUAACACAACGAGAACGGUUCUUCAGUGGAGGAUUUCCACUCAUGGUUCUAAUUUAUGGCAAGUUGACAUUAAAGUCAACCAUAACCGUCCACUGCCCACCAACCAGAUAUAUAAAUACAUCAUUUUAAAAACCAUAACCUUAUGCAGUCACACAUACCUACAUCUCAAUUAAAUACAUACGUACAUACAUAUAUACAUGCAUAUUUUAAGGGUAAGAAAAAUAAGGAAUAGUGUUGUACACCUUUAAUUCCAGCACUUGGGAGGCAGAGGCAGACAGAUCUCUUGAAGUUGAUCCCUUUAACCUCAGCCAGGGCAUAAGGAUUUCAGUGAGUUCCAAACUAGCCAGGACUAAAUAGUGAAACUCUUGUCUCAAAGCAAAACACCUCAAACCAUAACUUCAUUGCUAAGUCUUCUUUAUUUUGUGAUACAAAAUAUCAAUCGCUUUUAAGUCCUCCAAGUUCUUAAAAAUCAGAUGUGUGUUUAAAAUUCAAAGUCUCUCAACUUAGUUACAUAAUUGGUAUUCUAAGAGCGAAGAAACAGAAACAGUUAAAAUCAGAUCAAAGCAAAACCAAACUGCAACAAUGUAAACAGUUCAGUGCCCAAUGUCACCCAUUAUCUUCUGGAUCCAAAGGACUUGUGCAGUCUCUGGCGCUUCCCUCCACCACACACACAGCUGGUCUCUAAGGAUCAGGCCAGCUCAACUUCACAAGUGCAGCUGUUUCUGGUCAUCAUUCCACAGUCCUGGCAUCUCCACUAGGCGGGGAUCCCUACCAUAAUCGAGGCUGCACCUUCACCUGUGGCUCCUCCUGCCCUCCCACCAUGCCAAUCUUCAGCUCUCCAGGACUCCCUGUAUGCUGCAGAUUCCACACUGCCGAACAAACGAACACAACGUGAAAGACUCUACACGUUACCACGUUGAGCUGCCGGGUCUUGGCAGACCCCCACCCCCUGGACCACAGGCUCCGUGUACUAACCCUGAGAACGUUUCAUCUUAAUAAAAUUGCGGAACAUUUCGUCUUAAUGACGGUGGUCUUUUAUUAACUACAGCUGACGUUUUCAGCCUAUCCUAGUUAAAGUAAUUAUUGCUGUGAUGAAAUACAGAUGACUAAGCCCUAAACACUCAACAGCUUUUGUAGCCCAAAGUACAAAACGCUUCCAAAAUCCUUCCAAAAACAACAUGGUCAGGUCUACAAUAGCAAGACCCCACUCCUGGUCCUAAUUUCUGUCUCAGUUAGGUCUUUCUAUUGCUGUGAUAAAAUACUGUCUUAAUUAAAGUUUCUAUUGCCGUGAUAAAACACGAUAGUCAAAACCAACUUGGGGAGGAAAGGUUUCCUUUCAGCUCCCACUUCUGGGUGAAGUCCGUGUGUAAGGGCAGAAUGUGGAGGAAGUCGAGCGGGAAAGGAACCUAGAGGCAGGAACUUUACCAGAUGUCAUAAAUGAACACAGCUUACUGGCCUGCUCUUUUUGGCUUUCUUGUGGUUUGCUUGUUUUGUUUGGGGUGUUUUGUUUUGUUUUGUUUUUAUGUAACCCAAGAGCACCUGCCCAGGGAUAGCAUUGCCUACAGUAGGCUGGGCCUUCACACAUCAAUUAAUAAAGAAAGUGUCUUAUGGAUUGUCUACAGGCCAGUUUCAUGGAACUGUUUUCUCAAUUGAGGUUGCCUCUUCCUAAAUGCCCCUAGCUUCUGACAAGUUGACAAAAAAAAAAAAAAACUAAGCAUCACACACACACACACACACACAUGAGAUGGAGAGAGGGUGAGAGAGAGAAUUAUUUUCCAAUUCAAUGAUCACUUUUAACAAUUCACCAGUGACAAGUAAGGCUGUUGUAAGCACACUAUUCUAGGAAUAUUAAUGAAUAGAUAGAUACACUUGCGCAUUCCCAUACUUUCAAAAUUUAUUAAAAAACCAAGUCACAAGCUGUGUUGGUUUCACCCACCUCAAUUUGUCAAGAAUUCCUGAUUUCCCUUUAUAGCUGGCCAUUCACAAACACAAGUUCGUUUGAUGCAGUUUUAGUUAUUGAUAUUAACUCUCAAACUACACACAGUACCCCUGCCUGGGGCUGUGCUGUGUGGCCUACAAUAUGGGCAAAAACUAGGGAUUUAAUCUCUCCACUGUGUUUGGUUCAAAGGGCUAGCAAUUUGAGAAGACAGUGGGUUAUAUCUUAUAGUUUCCCAGUAGAUCGUUUAGGGAGAAGAAACAAAGCCGAUCGGUCAUUUUAGAGCUUUAACCUUGCCCCUCUGGUCAGGUGGUCAUUGCUGACUCUGAC